AUGGAAGAGGUCCAGAGUCCUGCUGCGGCACAAGCCAUCGGCAAGGGAGAAGAAGCUUUGAAGGACGUCCUGUGUGGAUCGGCAGCUGGAGUUGUCGGAAAGUACAUCGAGUACCCCUUCGAUACCAUCAAGGUCCGGCUGCAGUCACAGCCCGAUCAGGUGCCGCUCCGCUACACCGGGCCAUUAGACUGCUUCAAGAAGUCUCUACAACAGGAUGGCUUCACUGGCAUAUACAGAGGAAUUAGUGCACCUCUGGUUGGAGCUGCUGUAGAGACCAGCACCUUGUUCUUCAGUUAUCGUCUCGCUGGCGAUGCACUCAAGUCUUCAGGAUUCUAUCCAGAGUUGAACAAACAUCCGGACCGGGACCUACCCUAUUCCGGCAUGCUCUUUUGCGGAAUGAUCGCUGGUGCCAUCACAUCGCUUUUCCUUACACCCAUUGAACUUGUCAAAUGCAAGAUGCAAGUCCCUCUAGAAGCGCACGGCAACAUCGUAGCCGCACCAACCAUACGCGGUGUCAUUGCUUCUAUCUAUCGUCACCAGGGCCUUACUGGCUACUGGCACGGACAAUUUGGAACCUUGAUCCGCGAGACAGGAGGCGGUGCAGCAUGGUUUGGUGGGUACGAAGGCAUGAAGAUCCUCUUCAAGGGCUCUAGUACUUCGGCCACGGAGGAAGAUCUUCCAGUCUGGCAGCGCAUGGCCUCUGGUUCCGUCGCAGGUGGAGCCUAUAACUUCAUGUUCUAUCCUGCCGAUACCAUCAAGUCGAGAAUGCAGACGGAAGAUGUCAAGCAGUUGACUGGUGGAAAGUCGACGUUCAGCGCUGUAGGAAAAGCGCUUUGGAAGCAGCACGGUAUCAAAGGCAUGUACCGUGGAUGCGGCAUCACAGUCGCAAGAUCUAUACCCAGUUCUGCAUUCAUAUUUACCGUAUACGAGGAGUUGAAGAAGCGAUGGCCUACCCGACAGGCAGAGUAG